GAGUACAAUUUUGGAGAUAUCAUUUAUCACACAACGGAUGGGCUGGGAGGUUGUAUCACGGGCAGAUGUUCAGUCAAUGAAACUAUUGAGAGGACUUUUAGACCUUGUGAAACGACUCCUGUCCCAACAACCACAUCCAUCCUGACCACAACGCAGACAUUAACACCAACCCCGACAACAGUUUUUGUCUUCAGCACCCCAGAAUACACUUCACCUGAAACUAAAAAAGAAACAACAACAACUCAUGAAGAUUUAUCCACAUCAAGCAAGCCAGAACAAUUUACAAGUGAACAUUUAAGCCAACCAACAACUGAAGUUAUUAUAACUGCUUCUACAACAGAAAUUAAACAUUCAACUGAAAAACUGAUAUUAGUAACAUCAAUGUCUUCAACAUCAUCAGCUGGAUCAUCAACACUGUCCUUAACCACGACAGGACACAAAACAACAGAAGCUGAAAGCUCUACAGAGGCACCAAAAACAAGCAGGUUAACAACAACAUCAGAAACUUCAAUUGCACCCAUUACAAAAACCUUUGCAACGAUCACUGGUAAGGUGCUUACAACGCUUCAGACCACUGGUGAAGAAACCACUGAGUUUGAAUUUACUACAGCUCAGACACCCUUGUUCACCACCACCAGAAAACCAAAAGAGGGGACAACUGGCCUAACAAGCCAACCAACGACCACAGCAACAACCACUUUAGAAGAGGUAACAGGCACAUCAUCUGAAACAUCAACAAGCACAGCCCUGCCAGUGUCACAAACUUCAUUGCCAGUAGUUACAUCCACACAGCCAACAACCCAGACAAAGACAACUGCUGUACCAGUAACUACCCUUGUGUACACAACGAGUGUAGAAUCAUCCACUGGGUCUGAGGUUACCACUCAGGGUCUUUCUUCAACAACAAAACCAUUUAGAGCUGAAACUACUCUUUCAACCACCACACCAGUCGUCCCAUCCACUACUGUUAUUCCCGAAGAAGGAAGCACCACUGCCCAACCAUCUACAGAAUCAUCAACUCCAAGCGUAGUCUCCACAACUUCAAAAUCAUCUACAGCGACUCAAACCACUGGACAACUAGCUACAACUGAGACUGUAACUGAGAAUGAAUUGAGCACAGCUCAGACACCUUUGUCCACCACCACCAGAAAACCAAAAGAGGGGACUACUGGCCUAACAAGCCAACCAACGACCACAGCAACAACCACUUUAGAAGAGGUAACAGGCACAUCAUCUGAAACAUCAACAAGCACAGCCCUGCCAGUGUCACAAACUUCAUUGCCAGUCGUUACAUCCACACAGCCAACAACCCAGACAGAGACAACUGCUGUACCAGUAACUACCCUUGUGUACACAACGAGUGUAGAAUCAUCCACUGGGUCUGAGGUUACCACUCAGGGUCUUUCUUCAACAACAAAACCAUUUAGAGCUGAAACUACUCUUUCAACCACCACACCAGUCGUCCCAUCCACUACUGUUAUUCCCGAAGAAGGAAGCACCACUGCCCAACCAUCUACAGAAUCAUCAACUCCAAGCGUAGUCUCCACAACUUCAAAAUCAUCUACCACGACUCAAACCACUGGACAACUAACUACAACUGAGAUUGUAACUGAGAAUGAAUUGAGCACAGCUCAGACACCUUUGUCCACCACCACCAGAAAACCAAAAGAGGGGACAACUGGCCUAACAAGCCAACCAACGACCACAGCAACAACCACUUUAGAAGAGGUAACAGGCACAUCAUCUGAAACAUCAACAAGCACAGCCCUGCCAGUGUCACAAACUUCAUUGCCAGUCGUUACAUCCACACAGCCAACAACCCAGACAAAGACAACUGCUGUACCAGUAACUACCCUUGUGUACACAACGAGUGUAGAAGCAUCCACUGGGUCUGAGGUUACCACUCAGGGUCUUUCUUCAACAACAAAACCAUUUAGAGCUGAAACUACUCUUUCAACCACCACACCAGUCAUCCCAUCCACUACUGUUAUUCCCGAAGAAGGAAGCACCACUGCCCAACCAUCUACAGAAUCAUCAACUCCAAGCGUAGUCUCCACAACUUCAAAAUCAUCUACAGCGACUCAAACCACUGGACAACUAACUACAACUGAGAUUGUAACUGAGAAUGAAUUGAGCACAGCUCAGACACCUUUGUCCACCACAACCAGAAAACCAAAAGAGGGGACAACUGGCCUAACAAGCCAACCAACGACCACAGCAACAACCACUUUAGAAGAGGUAACAGGCACAUCAUCUGAAACAUCAACAAGCACAGCCCUGCCAGUGUCACAAACUUCAUUGCCAGUCGUUACAUCCACACAGCCAACAACCCAUACAGAGACAACUGCUGUACCAGUAACUACCCUUGUGUACACAACGAGUGUAGAAUCAUCCACUGGGUCUGAGGUUACCACUCAGGGUCUUUCUUCAACAACAAAACCAAUUAGAGCUGAAACUACUCUUUCAACCACCACACCAGUCGUCCCAUCCACUACUGUUAUUCCCGAAGAAGGAAGCACCACUGCCCAACCAUCUACAGAAUCAUCAGCUCCAAGCGUAGUCUCCACAACUUCAAAAUCAUCUACAGCGACUCAAACCACUGGACAACUAACUACAACUGAGACUGUAACUGAGAAUGAAUUGACCACAGCUCAGACACCUUUGUUCACCACCACCAGAAAACCAAAAGAGGGGACAACUGGCCUAACAAGCCAACCAACGACCACAGCAACAACCACUUUAGAAGAGGUAACAGGCACAUCAUCUGAAACAUCAACAAGCACAGCCCUGCCAGUGUCACAAACUUCAUUGCCAGUCGUUACAUCCACACAGCCAACAACCCAGACAGAGACAACUGCUGUACCAGUAACUACCCUUGUGUACACAACGAGUGUAGAAUCAUCCACUGGGUCUGAGGUUACCACUCAGGGUCUUUCUUCAACAACAAAACCAAUUAGAGCUGAAACUACUCUUUCAACCACCACACCAGUCGUCCCAUCCACUACUGUUAUUCCCGAAGAAGGAAGCACCUCUGCCCAACCAUCUACAGAAUCAUCAGCUCCAAGCGUAGUCUCCACAACUUCAAAAUCAUCUACAGCGACUCAAACCACUGGACAACUAACUACAACUGAGACUGUAACUGAGAAUGAAUUGACCACAGCUCAGACACCUUUGUUCACCACCACCAGAAAACCAAAAGAGGGGACAACUGGCCUAACAAGCCAACCAACGACCACAGCAACAACCACUUUAGAAGAGGUAACAGGCACAUCAUCUGAAACAUCAACAAGCACAGCCCUGCCAGUGUCACAAACUUCAUUGCCAGUCGUUACAUCCACACAGCCAACAACCCAGACAGAGACAACUGCUGUACCAGUAACUACCCUUGUGUACACAACGAGUGUAGAAUCAUCCACUGGGUCUGAGGUUACCACUCAGGGUCUUUCUUCAACAACAAAACCAUUUAGAGCUGAAACUACUCUUUCAACCACCACACCAGUCGUCCCAUCCACUACUGUUAUUCCCGAAGAAGGAAGCACCACUGCCCAACCAUCUACAGAAUCAUCAGCUCCAAGCGUAGUCUCCACAACUUCAAAAUCAUCUACAGCGACUCAAACCACUGGACAACUAACUACAACUGAGACUGUAACUGAGAAUGAAUUGACCACAGCUCAGACACCUUUGUUCACCACCACCAGAAAACCAAAAGAGGGGACAACUGGCCUAACAAGCCAACCAACGACCACAGCAACAACCACUUUAGAAGAGGUAACAGGCACAUCAUCUGAAACAUCAACAAGCACAGCCCUGCCAGUGUCACAAACUUCAUUGCCAGUCGUUACAUCCACACAGCCAACAACCCAGACAGAGACAACUGCUGUACCAGUAACUACCCUUGUGUACACAACGAGUGUAGAAUCAUCCACUGGGUCUGAGGUUACCACUCAGGGUAUUUCUUCAACAACAAAACCAUUUAGAGCUGAAACUACUCUUUCAACCACCACACCAGUCGUCCCAUCCACUACUGUUAUUCCCGAAGAAGGAAGCACCACUGCCCAACCAUAUACAGAAUCAUCAGCUCCAAGCGUAGUCUCCACAACUUCAAAAUCAUCUACAGCGACUCAAACCACUGGACAACUAACUACAACUGAGAUUGUAACUGAGAAUGAAUUGACCACAGCUCAGACACCUUUGUCCACCACCACCAGAAAACCAAAAGAGGGGACAACUGGCCUAACAAGCCAACCAACGACCACAGCAACAACCACUUUAGAAGAGGUAACAGGCACAUCAUCUGAAACAUCAACAAGCACAGCCCUGCCAGUGUCACAAACUUCAUUGCCAGUCGUUACAUCCACACAGCCAACAACCCAGACAGAGACAACUGCUGUACCAGUAACUACCCUUGUGUUCACAACGAGUGUAGAAUCAUCCACUGGGUCUGAGGUUACCACUCAGGGUCUUUCUUCAACAACAAAACCAAUUAGAGCUGAAACUACUCUUUCAACCACCACACCAGUCGUCCCAUCCACUACUGUUAUUCCCGAAGAAGGAAGCACCACUGCCCAACCAUCUACAGAAUCAUCAGCUCCAAGCGUAGUCUCCACAACUUCAAAAUCAUCUACAGCGACUCAAACCACUGGACAACUAACUACAACUGAGACUGUAACUGAGAAUGAAUUGACCACAGCUCAGACACCUUUGUUCACCACCACCAGAAAACCAAAAGAGGGGACAACUGGCCUAACAAGCCAACCAACGACCACAGCAACAACCACUUUAGAAGAGGUAACAGGCACAUCAUCUGAAACAUCAACAAGCUCAGCCCUGCCAGUGUCACAAACUUCAUUGCCAGUCGUUACAUCCACACAGCCAACAACCCAGACAGAGACAACUGCUGUACCAGUAACUACCCUUGUGUACACAACGAGUGUAGAAUCAUCCACUGGGUCUGAGGUUACCACUCAGGGUCUUUCUUCAACAACAAAACCAUUUAGAGCUGAAACUACUCUUUCAACCACCACACCAGUCGUCCCAUCCACUACUGUUAUUCCCGAAGAAGGAAGCACCACUGCCCAACCAUCUACAGAAUCAUCAGCUCCAAGCGUAGUCUCCACAACUUCAAAAUCAUCUACAGCGACUCAAACCAUUGGACAACUAACUACAACUGAGACUGUAACUGAGAAUGAAUUGACCACAGCUCAGACACCUUUGUUCACCACCACCAGAAAACCAAAAGAGGGGACAACUGGCCUAACAAGCCAACCAACGACCACAGCAACAACCACUUUAGAAGAGGUAACAGGCACAUCAUCUGAAACAUCAACAAGCACAGCCCUGCCAGUGUCACAAACUUCAUUGCCAGUCGUUACAUCCACACAGCCAACAACCCAGACAGAGACAACUGCUGUACCAGUAACUACCCUUGUGUACACAACGAGUGUAGAAUCAUCCACUGGGUCUGAGGUUACCACUCAGGGUCUUUCUUCAACAACAAAACCAUUUAGAGCUGAAACUACUCUUUCAACCACCACACCAGUCGUCCCAUCCACUACUGUUAUUCCCGAAGAAGGAAGCACCACUGCCCAACCAUCUACAGAAUCAUCAGCUCCAAGCAUAGUCUCCACAACUUCAAAAUCAUCUACAGCGACUCAAACCACUGGACAACUAACUACAACUGAGAUUGUAACUGAGAAUGAAUUGACCACAGCUCAGACACCUUUGUCCACCACCACCAGAAAACCAAAAGAGGGGACAACUGGCCUAACAAGCCAACCAACGACCACAGCAACAACCACUUUAGAAGAGGUAACAGGCACAUCAUCUGAAACAUCAACAAGCACAGCCCUGCCAGUGUCACAAACUUCAUUGCCAGUCGUUACAUCCACACAGCCAACAACCCAGACAGAGACAACUGCUGUACCAGUAACUACCCUUGUGUACACAACGAGUGUAGAAUCAUCCACUGGGUCUGAGGUUACCACUCAGGGUCUUUCUUCAACAACAAAACCAAUUAGAGCUGAAACUACUCUUUCAACCACCACACCAGUCGUCCCAUCCACUACUGUUAUUCCCGAAGAAGGAAGCACCACUGCCCAACCAUCUACAGAAUCAUCAGCUCCAAGCGUAGUCUCCACAACUUCAAAAUCAUCUACAGCGACUCAAACCACUGGACAACUAACUACAACUGAGACUGUAACUGAGAAUGAAUUGACCACAGCUCAGACACCUUUGUUCACCACCACCAGAAAACCAAAAGAGGGGACAACUGGCCUAACAAGCCAACCAACGACCACAGCAACAACCACUUUAGAAGAGGUAACAGGCACAUCAUCUGAAACAUCAACAAGCACAGCCCUGCCAGUGUCACAAACUUCAUUGCCAGUCGUUACAUCCACACAGCCAACAACCCAGACAGAGACAACUGCUGUACCAGUAACUACCCUUGUGUACACAACGAGUGUAGAAUCAUCCACUGGGUCUGAGGUUACCACUCAGGGUCUUUCUUCAACAACAAAACCAUUUAGAGCUGAAACUACUCUUUCAACCACCACACCAGUCGUCCCAUCCACUACUGUUAUUCCCGAAGAAGGAAGCACCACUGCCCAACCAUCUACAGAAUCAUCAGCUCCAAGCGUAGUCUCCACAACUUCAAAAUCAUCUACAGCGACUCAAACCACUGGACAACUAACUACAACUGAGACUGUAACUGAGAAUGAAUUGACCACAGCUCAGACACCUUUGUUCACCACCACCAGAAAACCAAAAGAGGGGACAACUGGCCUAACAAGCCAACCAACGACCACAGCAACAACCACUUUAGAAGAGGUAACAGGCACAUCAUCUGAAACAUCAACAAGCACAGCCCUGCCAGUGUCACAAACUUCAUUGCCAGUCGUUACAUCCACACAGCCAACAACCCAGACAGAGACAACUGCUGUACCAGUAACUACCCUUGUGUACACAACGAGUGUAGAAUCAUCCACUGGGUCUGAGGUUACCACUCAGGGUCUUUCUUCAACAACAAAACCAUUUAGAGCUGAAACUACUCUUUCAACCACCACACCAGUCGUCCCAUCCACUACUGUUAUUCCCGAAGAAGGAAGCACCACUGCCCAACCAUCUACAGAAUCAUCAGCUCCAAGCGUAGUCUCCACAACUUCAAAAUCAUCUACAGCGACUCAAACCACUGGACAACUAACUACAACUGAGACUGUAACUGAGAAUGAAUUGACCACAGCUCAGACACCUUUGUUCACCACCACCAGAAAACCAAAAGAGGGGACAACUGGCCUAACAAGCCAACCAACGACCACAGCAACAACCACUUUAGAAGAGGUAACAGGCACAUCAUCUGAAACAUCAACAAGCACAGCCCUGCCAGUGUCACAAACUUCAUUGCCAGUCGUUACAUCCACACAGCCAACAACCCAGACAGAGACAACUGCUGUACCAGUAACUACCCUUGUGUACACAACGAGUGUAGAAUCAUCCACUGGGUCUGAGGUUACCACUCAGGGUCUUUCUUCAACAACAAAACCAUUUAGAGCUGAAACUACUCUUUCAACCACCACACCAGUCGUCCCAUCCACUACUGUUAUUCCCGAAGAAGGAAGCACCACUGCCCAACCAUCUACAGAAUCAUCAGCUCCAAGCGUAGUCUCCACAACUUCAAAAUCAUCUACAGCGACUCAAACCACUGGACAACUAACUACAACUGAGAUUGUAACUGAGAAUGAAUUGAGCACAGCUCAGACACCUUUGUCCACCACCACCAGAAAACCAAAAGAGGGGACAACUGGCCUAACAAGCCAACCAACGACCACAGCAACAACCACUUUAGAAGAGGUAACAGGCACAUCAUCUGAAACAUCAACAAGCACAGCCCUGCCAGUGUCACAAACUUCAUUGCCAGUCGUUACAUCCACACAGCCAACAACCCAGACAGAGACAACUGCUGUACCAGUAACUACCCUUGUGUACACAACGAGUGUAGAAUCAUCCACUGGGUCUGAGGUUACCACUCAGGGUCUUUCUUCAACAACAAAACCAAUUAGAGCUGAAACUACUCUUUCAACCACCACACCAGUCGUCCCAUCCACUACUGUUAUUCCCGAAGAAGGAAGCACCACUGCCCAACCAUCUACAGAAUCAUCAGCUCCAAGCGUAGUCUCCACAACUUCAAAAUCAUCUACAGCGACUCAAACCACUGGACAACUAACUACAACUGAGACUGUAACUGAGAAUGAAUUGACCACAGCUCAGACACCUUUGUUCACCACCACCAGAAAACCAAAAGAGGGGACAACUGGCCUAACAAGCCAACCAACAACCACAGCAACAACCACUUUAGAAGAGGUAACAGGCACAUCAUCUGAAACAUCAACAAGCACAGCCCUGCCAGUGUCACAAACUUCAUUGCCAGUCGUUACAUCCACACAGCCAACAACCCAGACAGAGACAACUGCUGUACCAGUAACUACCCUUGUGUACACAACGAGUGUAGAAUCAUUCACUGGGUCUGAGGUUACCACUCAGGGUCUUUCUUCAACAACAAAACCAUUUAGAGCUGAAACUACUCUUUCAACCACCACACCAGUCGUCCCAUCCACUACUGUUAUUCCCGAAGAAGGAAGCACCACUGCCCAACCAUCUACAGAAUCAUCAGCUCCAAGCGUAGUCUCCACAACUUCAAAAUCAUCUACAGCGACUCAAACCACUGGACAACUAACUACAACUGAGAUUGUAACUGAGAAUGAAUUGAGCACAGCUCAGACACCUUUGUCCACCACCACCAGAAAACCAAAAGAGGGGACAACUGGCCUAACAAGCCAACCAACGACCACAGCAACAACCACUUUAGAAGAGGUAACAGGCACAUCAUCUGAAACAUCAACAAGCACAGCCCUGCCAGUGUCACAAACUUCAUUGCCAGUCGUUACAUCCACACAGCCAACAACCCAGACAGAGACAACUGCUGUACCAGUAACUACCCUUGUGUACACAACGAGUGUAGAAGCAUCCACUGGGUCUGAGGUUACCACUCAGGGUCUUUCUUCAACAACAAAACCAUUUAGAGCUGAAACUACUCUUUCAACCACCACACCAGUCAUCCCAUCCACUACUGUUAUUCCCGAAGAAGGAAGCACCACUGCCCAACCAUCUACAGAAUCAUCAACUCCAAGCGUAGUCUCCACAACUUCAAAAUCAUCUACAGCGACUCAAACCACUGGACAACUAACUACAACUGAGAUUGUAACUGAGAAUGAAUUGAGCACAGCUCAGACACCUUUGUCCACCACCACCAGAAAACCAAAAGAGGGGACAACUGGCCUAACAAGCCAACCAACGACCACAGCAACAACCACUUUAGAAGAGGUAACAGGCACAUCAUCUGAAACAUCAACAAGCACAGCCCUGCCAGUGUCACAAACUUCAUUGCCAGUCGUUACAUCCACACAGCCAACAACCCAGACAGAGACAACUGCUGUACCAGUAACUACCCUUGUGUACACAACGAGUGUAGAAUCAUCCACUGGGUCUGAGGUUACCACUCAGGGUCUUUCUUCAACAACAAAACCAUUUAGAGCUGAAACUACUCUUUCAACCACCACACCAGUCGUCCCAUCCACUACUGUUAUUCCCGAAGAAGGAAGCACCACUGCCCAACCAUCUACAGAAUCAUCAGCUCCAAGCGUAGUCUCCACAACUUCAAAAUCAUCUACAGCGACUCAAACCACUGGACAACUAACUACAACUGAGACUGUAACUGAGAAUGAAUUGACCACAGCUCAGACACCUUUGUUCACCACCACCAGAAAACCAAAAGAGGGGACAACUGGCCUAACAAGCCAACCAACGACCACAGCAACAACCACUUUAGAAGAGGUAACAGGCACAUCAUCUGAAAUAUCAACAAGCACAGCCCUGCCAGUGUCACAAACUUCAUUGCCAGUCGUUACAUCCACACAGCCAACAACCCAGACAGAGACAACUGCUGUACCAGUAACUACCCUUGUGUACACAACGAGUGUAGAAUCAUCCACUGGGUCUGAGGUGACCACUCAGGGUCUUUCUUCAACAACAAAACCAUUUAGAGCUGAAACUACUCUUUCAACCACCACACCAGUCGUCCCAUCCACUACUGUUAUUCCCGAAGAAGGAAGCACCACUGCCCAACCAUCUACAGAAUCAUCAGCUCCAAGCGUAGUCUCCACAACUUCAAAAUCAUCUACAGCGACUCAAACCACUGGACAACUAACUACAACUGAGAUUGUAACUGAGAAUGAAUUGAGCACAGCUCAGACACCUUUGUCCACCACCACCAGAAAACCAAAAGAGGGGACAACUGGCCUAACAAGCCAACCAACGACCACAGCAACAACCACUUUAGAAGAGGUAACAGGCACAUCAUCUGAAACAUCAACAAGCACAGCCCUGCCAGUGUCACAAACUUCAUUGCCAGUCGUUACAUCCACACAGCCAACAACCCAGACAGAGACAACUGCUGUACCAGUAACUACCCUUGUGUACACAACGAGUGUAGAAGCAUCCACUGGGUCUGAGGUUACCACUCAGGGUCUUUCUUCAACAACAAAACCAUUUAGAGCUGAAACUACUCUUUCAACCACCACACCAGUCGUCCCAUCCACUACUGUUAUUCCCGAAGAAGGAAGCACCACUGCCCAACCAUCUACAGAAUCAUCAACUCCAAGCGUAGUCUCCACAACUUCAAAAUCAUCUACAGCGACUCAAACCACUGGACAACUAACUACAACUGAGAUUGUAACUGAGAAUGAAUUGAGCACAGCUCAGACACCUUUGUCCACCACCACCAGAAAACCAAAAGAGGGGACAACUGGCCUAACAAGCCAACCAACGACCACAGCAACAACCACUUUAGAAGAGGUAACAGGCACAUCAUAUGAAACAUCAACAAGCACAGCCCUGCCAGUGUCACAAACUUCAUUGCCAGUCGUUACAUCCACACAGCCAACAACCCAGACAGAGACAACUGCUGUACCAGUAACUACCCUUGUGUACACAACGAGUGUAGAAUCAUCCACUGGGUCUGAGUUUACCACUCAGGGUCUUUCUUCAACAACAAAACCAUUUAGAGCUGAAACUACUCUUUCAACCACCACACCAGUCGUCCCAUCCACUACUGUUAUUCCCGAAGAAGGAAGCACCACUGCCCAACCAUCUACAGAAUCAUCAACUCCAAGCGUAGUCUCCACAACUUCAAAAUCAUCUACAGCGACUCAAACCACUGGACAACUAACUACAACUGAGAUUGUAACUGAGAAUGAAUUGAGCACAGCUCAGACACCUUUGUCCACCACCACCAGAAAACCAAAAGAGGGGACAACUGGCCUAACAAGCCAACCAACGACCACAGCAACAACCACUUUAGAAGAGGUAACAGGCACAUCAUCUGAAACAUCAACAAGCACAGCCCUGCCAGUGUCACAAACUUCAUUGCCAGUCGUUACAUCCACACAGCCAACAACCCAGACAGAGACAACUGCUGUACCAGUAACUACCCUUGUGUACACAACGAGUGUAGAAUCAUCCACUGGGUCUGAGGUUACCACUCAGGGACUUUCUUCAACAACAAAACCAUUUAGAGCUGAAACUACUCUUUCAACCACCACACCAGUCGUCCCAUCCACUACUGUUAUUCCCGAAGAAGGAAGCACCACUGCCCAACCAUCUACAGAAUCAUCAGCUCCAAGCGUAAUCUCCACAACUUCAAAAUCAUCUACAGCGACUCAAACCACUGGACAACUAACUACAACUGAGACUGUAACUGAGAAUGAAUUGACCACAGCUCAGACACCUUUGUUCACCACCACCAGAAAACCAAAAGAGGGGACAACUGGCCUAACAAGCCAACCAACGACCACAGCAACAACCACUUUAGAAGAGGUAACAGGCACAUCAUCUGAAACAUCAACAAGCACAGCCCUGCCAGUGUCACAAACUUCAUUGCCAGUCGUUACAUCCACACAGCCAACAACCCAGACAGAGACAACUGCUGUACCAGUAACUACCCUUGUGUACACAACGAGUGUAGAAUCAUCCACUGGGUCUGAGGUUACCACUCAGGGUCUUUCUUCAACAACAAAACCAUUUAGAGCUGAAACUACUCUUUCAACCACCACACCAGUCGUCCCAUCCACUACUGUUAUUCCCGAAGAAGGAAGCACCACUGCCCAACCAUCUACAGAAUCAUCAACUCCAAGCGUAGUCUCCACAAUUUCAAAAUCAUCUACAGCGACUCAAACCACUGGACAACUAACUACAACUGAGAUUGUAACUGAGAAUGAAUUGAGCACAGCUCAGACACCUUUGUCCACCACCACCAGAAAACCAAAAGAGGGGACAACUGGCCUAACAAGCCAACCAACGACCACAGCAACAACCACUUUAGAAGAGCCAACAACCCAGACAGAGACAACUGCUGUACCAGUAACUACCCUUGUGUACACAACGAGUGUACAAUCAUCCACUGGUCGUCCCAUCCACUACUGUUAUUCCCGAAGAAGGAAGCACCACUGCCCAACCAUCUACAGAAUCAUCAGCUCCAAGCGUAGUCUCCACAACUUCAAAAUCAUCUACAGCGACUCAAACCACUGGACAACUAACUACAACUGA